CAGCUUAAGUAUACACUGAUUCCUCCGAGUGUUUCUGACUUGUUAAAGAAACAGCAGAUAGAUGGCGACGAAAUCCCAUUUCAAACCCGCUCCUUGAGCCAGUGAAAGCAUUCACCCUUCAGCAUGCGAUUCCUCGUGCAAAAAAUUUCAAGGAGUCUUGACACUGAGCCUUUUCACCACUAGAUGGAGUAGACGGAGAAACAGUAAAACUGGAAAGAAUGGCGCUCUCUCCUCUAGUAGAAAUCCUGGAUGUGGUCCCAGCCUCAGGCUGCACGUACUUUUGAAGCACCGCUGAAGCAGACAGCCCGGUUCCUUGCACGUCAUAUGGUGAGGCUGGAGCAGAGCCAGCAGGGCCUCGUUUUUGGAGAGAAGGACCCUUAUCUUAGUCAACGUGGUGCGCAGCCAGGGCCCCCUUUAUCUUCGCGGGGCUGGGAGGCGUAUCCUUUCCCCCUCUGCACUCCCCUUCACAUACCACUCUGACUCUCUCUCUCUCACACACACACACCCGUACCCUGACUAGUCUACAACCUGCUUCAGACGACGCCCCACAACCCAUGAGAUUCCCACCCAGCGCGGAACCAAGUCCGCCGUGCGUCUUUUUCGCCCGAGAGGAAGCCAUCGGUGUCUUAUAAUUGCCGGGCCGUGCGCGCAAGCUGCCCUCGGCAUCACCUCUGCGAUAGCACAAGGGGUGCCAUCCAAAAGAAGAAGAGAAGGGGGGAGGAGAGGAAGGGGUGUGAGAGUGCUCCGAAUUGACGCUCGCAAAAUAAACAACACGACACCUCGUUUGGAAGACGUCUGCGGCGGGAAGCAAAAAGGGAUCUGUAAACUGAGAGGUGAUCAGAUGAUUGUGGUUCUUACUUUCUCCCCCCCAAGGGUCUCCAUGUGAUGGUGAUGUGGCUCGAUGGAAAAACAGAAGAGGGAAUGGAAGAGAAGAUGGCUGAGGUGUCACAUGAGGAGAGACUCCAGGCCAUCGCUGAGAAAAGGAAGAAGCAGACAGAGAUUGAAAACAAGAGGAGGCAGCUGGAUGAUGACCGACGGCAACUCCAGCAUCUCAAGUCAAAGGCACUGAGAGAGCGCUGGUUGUUAGAUGGAGCUCCAGCAGAGGAAGAGACUCAGAAGCGUCUGCAGGAGGACGAGGUGAAGACCAAACUUUUGGAACAAGUCAUCCUCAGGCUUGAGCAAGAGAUUGAAGAACUUGAGACAGGCGUACCAGCCAAUAAGGGUGUGGCCAAAGAAAAUGGAGGUGAAAAUGGAGUAGUGCAGACCUCUGGUCAGACACCCAAGAGAGAAGUGACAGGGAUUGAGGCCAAGCUGCUCGGCCCUAGUCCUGACCAGGCUAGUGCAGACAACCCAGUUACUCUAGUGUUCAUGGGCUACAAGACCGUGGAGGAGGAACAGGAGACUCGCACGGCCUUAGGAAUGGACGGGGUGGAUGGCAAUGUCAAAGCUGAGUUUGUUGUGAUCGAGGAUGGGGAGGAGAAAGCGGGCGGAGACGCAGCCACAGAAGAGCAGCCUCCACCUAACGGGAGCAUGGCAGAAAAAGAGAAGCCUAAUGAAGGUGGGGAGGAGGGAGAGAAGGAAAAGGAGAAGAAACAGACCUGCAAAUGCUGCACGGUCAUGUGAGGCGUAUGUGCGUGCGUAUGUGCGCGUGGGUGUGUACACACUUUCACCUUUGCAGGCAUGUGUGCCAUUGCAUGUGUCUGUAUUUGCAAAUGUGUGUAACUUUUUGUUUUUGUGUGGAAGUGUGUGUAUCGGGACUGGGAAAAAAACAAAAAGUACAGUUACACAGCCAAUAUACCAACAAUGAGAGCCAAUCCAAGCUCCAGCUACAACAAGAACCACAAAGACUCAUAAGUACACUUUACUCUAUAUUCUUUCUCUGAUAUGUAUUUGACUUUUGAUUUCUAUUGAUAUUUUUCUAUUUUUCUGUCUUGACAUUUAUAUUGUAUUCAGUAUGUAUAUCUUUAUUAUGGGACUGUGUACUGUAAGUUCAUUGUUACUAUUGUUGGGAAAAAAAGAAAAUGUAUUAGCUCUCUGGACUGUACUGCUACUCAGUUGGGAAAAUCUGGAAACUUUAAAUCAUUUAAGUAAAAAAAAGCAAACUAUGAAGGACACAGAUACUUAGAUAUAUAUAUUUCUCUGUUUAGGCCUAACAACUAUUUAUCGGUCAAUUUCAUAUUGCAAUAUUGUCUAAGAUAUUAUUUUAAAUAGUAUUUUAAUAUAUUGAUAUGAAAUUAUGUUUUAUACAAUGUAUUUAUUGUUUUUGGUUCUCUGUAUCAUCUUCAACCAUUAACUGCAUGUAAGCUUGUAAGCACUACCACAGUCGCGUCACACUCAUUCAAGUGUCUGUGUUUUCUUAGACUCAUACGUGCUCAUAUCUUUAGUCACGCAAGUCUUUCUAUCAGUAACAGUAAGUAUAAUUGGCAUUGUUAGAGAUAUGCAUUAUGUCGAAAAAUACAGCAAGGAGACAAAGAUAAAUAAGAUCACUAACUAGGUUGCAAAUCACAAUAGUUUCGUACUGUAUGUGGCACAUGUACAUUAAGAUCACGGCUGUUGUGUUUUUUGAAUGCAGCUCUGUUUCUCAAAACGUUGCAGCGCUGUGCAAAAUGUAAAUAAAACCAAUGCAAUGAUUUGCAUGUCAUUAAAACUGUACAGUUAUUGAAUAGUACACGAUAAAAAAGGUUAAAAAAAUACGAUUGUAUUUUUGAAAAUGUAUGCUCAUUUUCAAUUUGACUGUAAUAUACGGUUAAACAGUACAUGAGUGGGUAUAAAAAGUGCCUAAUUCCUUUAGAAGUAAAAGAUGGGAAGAUGCAGAGGGGUUCACCACUCUGUAAAAGUCUGCAUAGUCAAAUAGUUCAACAAUACAAGGAAAAGUUGAAAGAAUGUAUUAAUCUGUUCGCAAUUUAAAAGCCAUAAUUGGUAACAUGGAGUGCUUUUUGCACAUGGCUUGUUUAAUCUGUGAAGGCGCCAUUAAUGCUGAAUGAUAUCUACAGAUAUUGGAGUACCAUAUACUCCCAGCUAGACAAGGCCUUUUUUAAGGAACACUGCCAAUACACAUUGUGCACAUAUAACAAUAACAUGGGCUUGCUACAAAGGAAAUGAGUCCCGGUGCUAAAGUGCAUCUAGACGUGUCACUCAAUUUAAAACAUUUGCCGUAUUUUGCUACCAGAGCUACGUCAAUUGGUCUAUCAUACAUAAAAUAAAAGGAUACAAAUAAUUUGCUCUUCAUUGCAUUGUAUUUUAUUUACUUUUUGAAGAAGUGUUUCAACAUUUUUAGAAAAGGCUUGUAAGAUGAAAUCACUUUAUGAUUAGAUUCAUGAGAUCAUUACACAGUGUUUAGGAAGGCCUAAGUAAUUUUCUUCUUACAACAGUAGAAUCAAUGUAUGUCUUAAUGAGGUAGCACUGCAUGAAGCCUUGCAACUGUUUCAACUUGUCACUUGUUAGGUCUGUAGCAUACACUAUCACAUUAACAUGAAUGUAAAUCCAGGGGUUAAACUGGGAUUCAUCCUAGCAUAAUGAGAAGAGGAGGGCUUGCUCAGCUCACUAUAAAAAAAAUAGCUUUUUGUUUUUAUGUACCAAAUAAAAUUUGAUGAAUCAGUAAUUUCACUGUGUCUUGGUUGGCUGGUGGUUUCUGUUCUGCUUAUACUCCCAGUUUAACCCCUGAUUCUUUGUGUGUACACCUGGGUCUAAUCGUGCUUGAGUAGAUUUACAGAGAAAGAAAAGAGAAUGAGGGCAUUUGAGUAGAUUUUUUGCAAAUAUUAAUUAUAUCUUUGGACACAUUAUAAAGACUUCAGCUUUAUCCGGGUAUCCAAGCAUUUAGCUUUCUUCCACUAUUAUAGAUAGUUUAAAUUCUUGAAGAAAAGCAUCUCAGCCACAUUUAAUGGUAGACAAAAUAUGCAUGUACACUAUAGCAAUUCAAAGUAAAAAAUCAGAUGUGUUUGGCAGACAUAUGCAGUUCUGGAUGAGCUUGGUCAGUAAACUGUGCUGCCAAUGCUUCUCCUUCCCCAGGGUCAUCCAUGUCACUGAAUCACCUAAAUGUCAUCACCAUUAUUUCCUUACUAUACUGUUUCAUUGUCAUUGUCAAAUCAUAGCCACACCUUCUAUGCUUGGAGACACGCAGUUAAAAAAAAAAAUCUCUGAAGUUGGUGCUAAUCCAAAAUCUUCUCUAAAACUCUUCAUCCACCAACUAUUGUUCAACCUGUCCCAUCUGUCUUACUCAAAUUGCUGGUAAGGGGGAUUCUACUGUCUCCUGCUUGAUGAAUAAGAGUCUUUUUCAACCUUCAGUGCCAGAUGCAUUCUCUCAAGUCCUGCCUAUUUUUAACAUCAGAGAAAUGAUCCCUUCUUACAUUCCAGAGGGAAGACAACAGGCAUGGAUAAGUUAUAGUCUAUGUAUAGUUCAAAAAUAAUUGUACAACUUUAUUUCUUAUAUUGCCUCUCAUCCUUUUUUUUCUAUGGUCUCUUUGCAAGGCAGUAUGUCGUAUUUGAUGUGUGUAUUUUUAAAAAACAAAACAAAAAAGAUUACUACAUCUGUGUAUUGUCGGUGCCUUUGUCAGGUUCAUUUGACUGGACUUGUCUGUCUGAUGCCAUUUUCAGACCAGGGUUUUUCUUGCUGUGCUCCUGGUUACGAUGACCCACUUGGAAACACUGCCUUCUACUAUGAAGUGUCACUAGUAUAUUCGAAUACUACACUCAUUCUUUAAGUGAUAACUAUAAAUGAACACAGCUAGGACAAUUGAUAAUAUGCAAACUACUGUUAGAGUCUCCAAGAAACUUUGUAACACGUCUUAUGAACUUCUUUAAAAUUGAUGACAUCACUUCAACUGACAGAUUUAAAGGUUUUUGUUUGUUUUGUUUUGUUGUUUUUUUAAUUCCAGAAAUGCAAGAAUCUCUAAUCAAAACCAACCUUGACCCGAUGUUUAACAUUAUCUGGGGAUGCAAACUUUAUACAGAAGACUAACUGAUAGCCUAUGUAUAUACAAUACAUGCACAUGUGUAUGUCUGUAUGCAUCUGUAUAGAUAGAAAUGCAUAAAAUUGGUGAGCUAAAGCUUUGCUUAAUAGUGGGUCUCCAGGGCAGCAGCAGAAAAAUCAACCUUGUGUUAAACCAAUGCCUGUUCAUCUAUUCUGUGGUCGUCUAAAUGUUUAAUCUUGAAUAAAACUAUUGUUUGUUACAGCAGGUCAAA